AUGGAAGCUGGCAGUCCAGAAGACGAGGACCGCCUGGCACCUGCGCUCAAUGUGCAACGCCAGGUCCAUCUCCAGCACCACCAACCGCAACCUCUAGCUUCUCCUCCUCAGUACCCUCACCAACUUCAUCGUCAACCCAACUUUGACUCCCACUACGACCAUCACGACUCCGACUUCGACCUCGAUUCCGAUUCCGAUCGUUACCACCGUUCAUCUCAGACCCCCUCUCAGCAAUCUCAUCGCCAUUACAUCCCUAGCAGCCCCACUACCAACGCCUUCACGCUCGAGAACUUGCAUGCCUCUGCCGCACACACGGCUGGGGCUUUCGCCGCCGCUGGUCAUGACCACGAUUCAGUAAACCCGGAUGAUUUCUACCGAAGCUACCGAGGCGUACAGUCGUCAAAUCAUCAUCGACGAACCCCUUCUUCAGAUUACGACUACAUGGCGACCUCCGUAUCUCGAGCUCGCGAGAACCCGGCCAUGCGGCCAAACGGCAAUGGCAAAGAUCCAAAGCACCCGCCGGCUCCCGCAAGCCGUACGCCCUUGCGCCCUUCGCAGCGAUCUGCUUCUGCUCCUGUCGAACCCCCAAUUGGCGCCCCUAGAACAAACACAAAUCGCAAGCCGAGCGUCAAGGACUUGACCAAGAGAUUUGAUCAGCAGACCUCGUCCCCAGCUCCAUCGAUGCCCAGAAUCCCUUGGAAGCGGGUCAACAUCAUACUCUACACUGAGGGCCUCGACGAACCGUGA